AUGGAAACCAAAAGCAAGUCUAAUGUUUUUAAAAUCAGUCGUUCCUACGAUCUUAAGCAGAUGUUGGGCCAAGGGGCAUAUGGUACAGUAGCUUGGGCCAUACAUAAACCGACAUCGACACCGGUAGCUGUUAAGAAAAUAGAACCGUUCACAAAGACACUCGUAUGUUUGAGGACUAUUCGGGAACUUCAACUUUUAAACUUUUUCGCCAAUCACGAGAAUAUCAUCGGACUCUUCGAUGUUCAGAAACCGAAAGAUUUCGAAUCUUUCCAGGAAGUGUAUUUGAUUCAGGAAUAUAUGCCUUGCGACUUGCACAAAAUAAUCCACACUCUGAACCUCCUGAAUCAGCAUAUCAAGUUCAUCAUUUACCAGAUUCUUAGAGGCUUGCGAGUGAUCCACAGCGCAAAUGUUAUCCACAGAGACUUGAAGCCAUCUAAUAUUUUGAUUAAUUGGGCAUGUGAGGUCAAAAUCUGUGAUUUUGGGUUGGCACGAAUUGUAGGCUCGGAGCUGCUGGAGCUAGACUCGAACCUCACGGAGUACGUCGCCACAAGGUGGUAUCGUGCUCCUGAGAUCAUGCUUCUGCAAUCUAUGUAUUCAACGGCAGUUGAUUUAUGGUCUGUUGGAUGUAUCAUGGCAGAAUUGUUCAUGGCGUAUCCCUUAUUCCCAGGCAAAGAUUACAAGAACCAGUUGCAAUUGAUUUUUGAUUAUCUUGGUACUCCAAAAGGGGAUGACUUGAAUUGCAUUAAACUGCAGCGCGCAAAAUCUUAUAUUAUUCUGCUUCCAGAUUCCGAGCCUGUGAAGGUUGGGUAUUAUUUCUUGAACCACCCAAGACGGAUUGCAAAAUAUGGAUAUGUUCCAGUAGAUGAGCAAGGGCUUGAUCUCAUGACAAAUCUUCUCUCUUUCAAUCCUGAGAAUAGAUAUACGUCGACAGAAGCCCUCUUUCAUUCCUAUUUGAGCAGUUACCAUAAAUCGACCCUUGAGCCUGUGGCCGGUAUCACAUUGGAACCGACUUUUUUUGAUCGAAAGAGUAAAGGUGAUUUGACUAUGAGCGACUUAAAACAGUAUUUGUUUGAUGAAGUCGUCAGCUUUUCAAGGUACAGGUACUAA